CAAAUAAAGAUUAUGAUAACUAGAAAUUGUUAAUUAAUAACAAAUCCGAGCGCCUUUUCACAGCUCAAAAUGAGGCUGACCGUCUGCAGCGAAGGUUAACAAUUUGUUUAUGCUUCCAUGAGCUUGUGUUAGCAUAAUAUUCAAGAGCGAUAUAUUAUCAUCCGACAAAAGUGUACCUUUCCCUUUUCAGAGGUGAUAAAAUUGACGUCAUGGCAAACGGCUCAAUCUUGUACCCAUUGCUCGUCGCUUGUCUCCUCGUCAGCUCGUCCUUUCAAUCUUUUCAUCGACACGAUGGAGAUUCGGCGAUGACAUCCUAAACACUGGUUAUGGACAAAUCUUUCCAUGGAUGUGAUUAGAACCUUGAACUGAAAAAAGCUUAUUGCAGCAAUAAGGGCCUAGAGAGGGUUCCCCAGAAUCUUUCUGAGGAUACCGAGGUGCUUGACUUGUCUUAUAACGCUAUCACCAAACUCUUGAACUCCUCGUUUAAAGAAUACCCUCUAAUCAACUCCUUGUACAUUUCUUCUAAUGAUGUAAGAACGAUAGAAUCCGCCGCUUUUUACCCCCUCAAGGGCUUAAUGUACCUGUCUUUAUCCUUUAACUCACGUCUUGCGCUUCCAGCAGCAGGCGUCUUUAUGAAGUCUUUAAAGCUUUCCAUUCUCGAUUUAAGGUCAUCAAACUUGAAGUCGCUCCCCAAUGACACUCUAGAAUGGAGUCCAAAUAUAGAUACUGUAUAUCUGUUCGACAACCGGCUCUCCUUCAUCAAUAUAAGUUCAUGUGGCAUGGCCGACACUGUGAGCAUGCUUGGUAAUCGACUAAAACACCUUACGGUGAGAGAUUUCACCUUUGUGUGCCACACUGAUACUCUAGAUCUGAGACAAAACCAUAUCAAAUCAGUAGACCCUCAAGUGAUCGCAUCACUACAUGUUCGCUCUUUGAUGCUAGGUGGCUGCCCUUUGAGUGAUGAGGUGUUGGCGAACAUCGUCCUCGGAAUCUCAAAAUCAGACAUCGAAGAGCUUACAAUUGAGGCAGGUUCUAUUGGUGAGUUUCCUGUAGGUUUCUUUGAUCCUCUGCGCGAUUCUUCUCUCUCUGUUCUGGACUUAGAAUUCAACAAACUGAAUAGCCUCCAUCCUUUUGUCUUCUCAAACUUGACAAAACUCAGAGAAUUCACUUUCGGUUAUAACAGACACCCCAUAGACGAAAUUCAACCUAACUUUUUCGACGGCAUGAAUGCAUUGAAGGUCCUGACAUUCAACGACAACAAAGUAAGACAAAUAAAUCCUCACAAUCAGGUUUGGACAGUAGACUUGUCGGAGUUUGACUUAUCCGGUAAUCUGUUUACAAACAUUUCUGCAUCUGUAUUUCGUGGUUUAGGAAAUUUAACUUUCUUAGACAUGAGCUACAAUGAACGCCUUUCUGUCUUUGUGCUGACGGCCUUUUCGGGACUUGAAAAUGUUCAAACCAUUGAUUUGGAAUAUAGUCGAUUAACUGUUUUGGAAUUGAACACCCCAAUGUUAAGAUCACUUUUCCUAAACUCUCUUUAUAAAACCGGGCUUCCUCUGCGACCAGGAAAAUCGUUUCAACAUUUAAAAUCCCUUGAUAGUUUAAACAUGAAAGAAUCUUACCUUGGCCAGAGAUACCUAUGGAAUGCAACUACAAACGCGUCUCUUUUCGAUGGAUUAUUGAAUCUUAAGCAUUUGGACUUGAGUUUUAACCCUUUCCUGUGUUUAAGUAGUGAUUUACCACCAGGGAUAUUCCGGCAACUCUCUGUUUUACAAGAAAUUAAUCUAGACUACUGCGAUAUUACAAAUCUACAUCCUCUUGUCUUCUCGGGGUUGGAAUCGCUUCAGAAGUUGAGUUUGAUAGGAAACAACGUCCAGCAUAUUCAUGAUGGUGUAUUGUCGGGGUUGGGUCAAAUAGAAAGUAUCAACUUUGAAGGAAACCGUAUCGCGUACUUGGAGGAGUUAAUGUUCUCAAAUAACUGGAAGCUCACAAAUCUCUCUUUCGCCAACAACAGAUUAACGCGCCUUAAUCAAAGCACUUUCAAGCCGACCGUUUCCUCCCUUUCAUCACUUGAUCUAUCAAUGAACCCAAUUGAUUGUAACUGUGAAAUAAAGUGGCUUAUUGAUUGGUUAAAUGAACCUAUACGCCUGGAAAACUAGGACGCAACUUUCUGUUCGUCAGCAUCUCUGGAGCCUCUUCGUGAGAAACCCCUACUUGAUUUUGAUCCAAAUGAACUCUGUAUAAUAAAGUAUGGUCUUUACUCUCUGAUUCCCCUAGCCUCCAUUAGCUUAAUUAUAAUCAGCGUGUUGCUGUGUCACUUCCGGUGGCAGUUGAGGUACAAAGUCUAUCUCUUGAAACUGGCCGUACUGGGAUUUAAAGAGAUGCGAGACGCUCGAGACCACAAUGACUACGAGUUUGACGUGAAUAUCAUUUUCUACGACGAUGACGAAGAAUGGAUUCGCGAACAGCUUCGACCGGCUCUCGAAGAACGGCUUCCACAGUUUCAGAGGAACAUCUUUGGUGACGAAGACCUUGUGUUGGGUAUGCAUUACUUAGAUUCCGUCGAUUACGUGGUGAGACAUAGUUACAAGACCAUCGUAGUGCUUAGCAGAGCUGCUGUACACGACCGCUGGUUCAUACUCAAGUUCCGUACGGCCAUGGACCACGUGAGUGACACUCUGACUGAAUUCGUAGUCGUGGUUUUCCUCGAAGACAUCACAGAUAAUGAAAUGCCAUUCUUAGCGAAGUUGUACAUCAGUGAUGGCAGACCCUAUAUCCACUGGACUGAGGACGUGAGAGGGCAAGAUUAUUUCUGGGAUGAAUUGACCAAAGAUCUAACCAUUAAUCUAAAAACGAAUGACUUGAUCCCAAACGAGUAGCAGUCAUAUAGGAAUAUAGAGAUACGUGUGAUGGUUAUCAGUAUAUGAAAGUGGUAGUAGUAGUAAAAAUAGUAGUAGUAGUACUGUAG